UUCAUCAGUAACAUGGAAGCUACAAACCAAACAAUCAUUUCAGAAUUCCUUCUUCUGGGACUGACAGACGACCCACAGCUUCAGUCUCUCAUCUUCAACCUGUUUCUGGCCAUGUACUUGGUCACCAUCUUAGGAAACCUGCUCAUCAUCCUGGCCGUCAGUUCUGAUUUCCGCCUCCAUACACCCAUGUACUUCUUCUUCUCCAACCUGUCCUUCACUGACAUCUGUUUAAGCACCACCAUAAUCCCAAAGAUGCUGGUGAAUAUUCAAGCUCAGGAUCAGAGCAUCACUUACACUGAAUGCCUCAGUCAGGUCUAUUUUGUCUUGCUUUGUACUGUCUUGGAAAAUUUUCUUCUUGCAGUAAUGGCUUAUGACCGCUUUGUGGCCAUUUGUCAUCCACUGAGGUACAGGGUCAUCAUGAGCCCUUGCCUCUGUGUCCUGCUGGUUCUGGGCUCUGUGUUCAUUAGUAUUGUGGAUGCCCUGGUCCAUACUCUGAUGUUGCUAUGUCUGUCUUUCUGUGAAGACCUAGAAAUUCCCCAUUUCUUCUGUGAACUUGCUCCACUCAUCAAGCUCGCCUGUUCUGAUACCCUGAUCAAUAAUAUCCUGGUAUAUUUUGUGGUUACUGUAUUUGCUGGUGUUCCUGUCUUUGGGAUUAUUUUCUCCUACAUUCGUAUUGUGUCCUCUAUUUUGAGGAUGCCAUCAUCAGAAGGAAGGCACAAAGCCUUUUCCACCUGUGGGUCACACCUGUCUGUUGUGUCCUUGUUCUAUGGGACAGGAUUUGGGGUGUACAUCAGUGCUGCCGUUACUGACUCAACCAGAAAGACUGCAGUGGCUUCAGUGAUGUAUUCUGUUGUUACUCAGAUGCUGAAUCCCUUUAUCUACAGCCUGAGGAACAGGGACAUGAAGGAAGCCUUGAGAAAACUCCUUGGCAGGACAGCUUCUUUUCUAUGA